AUGGCGGAUGUGCUGGAAAUAACCCUGGUGAGGCCAUCCCCCCUUGCCAAGGCCACAGGACCCUAUAAAGACACCCAGGGAGCCAGGGCUGCACUCAGCCCAGCACAGGAAGGCACCAUGAAGUCCCUCGUGCUGCUGACCCUCUUGGCCCUGCUCACCCUUGGUCUCUGCCGCAGAGCUGCCGAUGGCUCUGCCAGCACCCAGGACUCGCCCAGCUCCGAAGCCUUUGUCUCCAGACGCGCCAGCGCCGAGGUGGUGCAGAGACAGAAGCGCAACUACGGCUACGGCAGCAGCGUCUCUGGAGCCCCACGGGACCCCUUGGAGGCCAAGCGCGAGGUGUGCGAGCUCAACCCCGACUGUGACGAGCUGGCCGACCAGAUCGGGUUCCAGGAAGCCUAUCGGCGCUACUACGGCCUCGUGUAGCCCCAGCCCUGCUGUGGGGCAGGGGCUGAGCUCCCCU